CCCUGCUACAGGCACGUGGGCGGGUAGUGCUGGGAGCUGGCCAGCCCCACCACCUCGGUUGCACUCAGGGCUUGCUAUGAGGGGACUGUCUGCUAGGAUAAAGGUGCCAGGUAGCUGCGCUGAGUCUGGAGAUUUCCAACGCAGUCCUGCCGCACAUGAAUUAUUCAGAGUGAAAGAAACUGGAACAACAGAGGCUCCAGCCAAGCAAAACUUGCUCAGCUCCAAAGUACUGCUUUUUCUCUUCUCUCCCUGCUCUCUCUUUGUGUUUAUACUAGGAAUGAAGGAUUUCAAUGCAGGCUGCUUGUCUGCCUCACCUAACUGUGAGGAGGUGUUUUUUUCCAGUAUUCCCUUCUUCAUAGUGGAGCUGGGACAAUCCAGACAUUUGGUAUGUGUAUUAUGGAGGCAUCUAAAACCCAGAGACUGGUGGCCCAUGCAAGAAGCCAGGGGAGGAAUGGAAGGGCAGGUAGUCCUUGCCCUGCUUCGGCCCAGAUUUACAUCCCACUCCACCCUACUCACUUGGUUCAAACACCCAAAUGAGGAGUCUGCAAGUAGAAACAACUCAGAUGGGUAGUUUCUCUGGACAAAUCACUUUCUUUCUUUUUCCUUUUCUCUCUCUGUAGAGCCUGGGUAGACCAAGCCCUGAACAGAAGUUAGGGGGAAAAGCAUGGCCGCUAUGUAUCCUUAUCGGAAGGAUAACGACAGGUAUAGGGCAGGAGGGAGGGAGCAGAGCUGCAGCAGCUUGCUCGGGGGCACCAGGCGGCUGGUGGCAGGGCGGGAGCCAGGGUUCCUGGGGGGCAGCUGCCUGUCCACCUGCCUUUCACAUGGCGAUUUUCAGCCAGGGGCUUCCAGGGGAAACCAGUUCUUUUGCUGGUGGCUUGAUGGCACUGACAGGCUCUUAAUUUAACUUUCUUUGGGAGAGCAAGGGGAAUGUGGCAAAUGCAAAGCUCUCCAUUUUUCUAACAACCUGGAAAGUCUCUAUGUUCCCUUCCACCCAGGGAACAGCUGACAGGAGCCCAAAAUCAAUAUUAAAUGGGGCAUCUUUUUCUUUUCCUUGUCAUCCAUAGCCCAAAUCCAGUAACAGAGUCCUUGCCAAAAGCAGAAUUUCUUCAUCUGACUCCAGCCAAUGUGCAGGCGUGACGAGUCUACUGUUGGGCUCUGUUUCCACAAGUGUUUUUAUUAAGUGCUUUCUGCCAUGCUGGGAAAAGUGUAAUGUCAUCAUGAAGUCUCAUAGAGUUGGACUUGUUCACCUCUUUCAGCUACUUUGUAGUUCAAAAAUGCAAUGCAUUUAAUUUAUAGCUGGUCUUUCUUUGCUUAUUCAAACAGCAUUGCACCAACGCACCUCUGCCUCUGUCUGCCCAAGGGCCCAGGAACAUCAAUAAUAAAUGACCAUGCUGGGGAAGGUGGCUUUGGGUUCAAACCAGCAGGUGCAUUGGGGUAGGGGUGCUCGUCUCAGCGAGGGGUACACAGUGUACGUGAAAUGUAGCUUGCACCAAUUCCCUCCCUGCAGAAAGUAUUCAUAAAUGUUUAAUAAACUUCUCGCCCUUGCUAUAGAUGAGGUCCUAUUAAUGAACUGGAGUGGCUUGAGGGACAGGUAUUGUGUCCGUUACUAUAGCACCACCUUGCACAGGAUCUCGGUGUGAAAGAGGCAGGGGAGGGAGGGAGGCAGGCAGGCGGGCACUGAGGAUGAGCCCCAGCGAGGCAGCCUGAGGUCUGCCUGUGGAGCAGGCAGCCGCAUCCUGCCCAGGGACACCGGCCCCCGGCAGCACCUCCGGGCUGCCAGCUGCAGCAUCCCGACUAGCUGCCCCGGCUGGUACCCAAGCCUGCACAGAUGCACGGCAGAGCUGCUGCAAGUGCACCGCCGAGUCCCUGAGAGCUUCGGAGGGGGUUUUGCUCCAGAGUUCUUCCCGACUGACUUUCUGGCUUUGGAAGAUCUGUUUUGAUUCUUAUUUUUUUUUUUUCUUCCACGCUUCUUUCUUGAGCAACUGGUUGUUAUUGUGGAGGUCACCGAAGGGACUGGCAGAGGCUUCUGAGUCUGGCGUCGGGAAAUAUGACAGCAGAAGCAAAUGCUUGUUAACAUAAGGGAUUUACUGAAGAAGAAAGACAAAAUGCCUUUCAAAGGGUUCAGUUCACUGAAGGAAAGAUUUUUUAACCCAGGAAAGGAAGAGGUGAAGAGCACCGUUAGUGACUCACUGGGGAAUCUGAGAAGGAAAAUUGACGGCACCAACAUAGAGGAAGAUCACAUUGAGCUAACGGAAGAGGGGCGGCCUGUGCAGGCAAGCACCCACAAGCCAGCACCGUGCGACUGCUACUGCUGUGGGCUGCCCAAACGCUACAUCAUUGCCAUAAUGAGUGGUCUGGGCUUUUGCAUCUCCUUUGGAAUUAGGUGCAACCUGGGCGUUGCCAUUGUGGAAAUGGUGAACAAUAACACUAUUUAUAUUAAUGGAAAACCAGAGCUGCAGAAAGCCCAAUUCAACUGGGAUCCAGAGACGGUGGGACUCAUUCAUGGCUCUUUUUUCUGGGGUUACAUUGUGACACAAAUUCCAGGAGGGUUCAUCUCAAACAAAUUGGCUGCUAACAGGGUAUUUGGAGCAGCUAUCUUUCUAACAUCUACACUAAACAUGUUCAUCCCUUCUGCAGCAAGAGUGCAUUAUGGCUGUGUGAUGUUUGUAAGGAUUCUGCAAGGUCUGGUGGAGGGUGUCACCUACCCAGCCUGCCACGGGAUGUGGAGUAAGUGGGCUCCUCCACUGGAAAGAAGCAGAUUGGCCACCACAUCGUUCUGCGGGUCUUAUGCAGGUGCGGUGGUUGCCAUGCCACUGGCAGGUGUGCUGGUACAGUAUAUAGGAUGGUCAUCAGUCUUUUAUAUUUAUGGAAUGUUUGGGAUUAUUUGGUACAUGUUCUGGCUGCUUCAUGCCUAUGAGAGCCCUGCUGCACAUCCAACAAUAACCAGUGAAGAAAGGAUAUAUAUAGAAACAAGUAUCGGAGAAGGAGCCAGCCUAGCUAGUGCAAGUAAAUUUAGUACUCCCUGGAAGAGAUUUUUCACUUCAAUGCCAGUCUACGCAAUCAUUGUGGCAAACUUUUGCAGAAGCUGGACCUUCUAUUUGCUCCUUAUAAGUCAGCCUGCUUAUUUUGAAGAAGUCUUUGGAUUUGCAAUAAGCAAGGUUGGCCUUUUGUCGGCAGUUCCUCACAUGGUCAUGACUAUCAUCGUACCCAUUGGAGGGCAACUAGCGGACUUCUUACGGAGCAGGAAUAUUUUAACCACUACCACUGUAAGGAAGGUCAUGAAUUGUGGAGGCUUUGGGAUGGAAGCAACCUUGCUUUUGAUAGUUGGUUAUUCUCAUACAAAAGGUGUGGCUAUUUCCUUUCUGGUGUUAGCAGUAGGCUUCAGUGGCUUUGCAAUUUCAGGAUUCAAUGUGAAUCACUUGGACAUAGCCCCGCGUUACGCUAGCAUUCUGAUGGGCAUCUCCAAUGGUGUGGGGACACUGUCAGGAAUGGUGUGCCCACUUAUCGUUGGGGCAAUGACAAAACAUAAGACCCGUGAAGAAUGGCAAAACGUCUUUCUGAUCGCAGCGCUGGUGCAUUACAGUGGAGUGAUAUUCUACGCUAUCUUUGCUUCUGGGGAGAAGCAGGAAUGGGCUGACCCUGAAAACCUCAAUGAAGAGAAAUGUGGCAUAAUUUAUCAGGAUGAACUAGCUGAGGAAACAGAGAUGAAUAAUGAAACUUUUGUAAGUCCAAAGAAGAUGUAUGGUGCUACCAGUCAAAACAAUGAAGUACAGAGAAGGGAAUGGAGAAAGCAAAAGCAAGUAACUCAAGACAUGGAAGAACAGACUUCUUACCAUUAUGAAAAUGGAAAUUUUCAAGAUUUGUCAUAAUACUUGAAAUUGUAAGGUUUGUAUAGCAGCUACUCCCACCCACCCUCCUGCCUAGCUGCCCCAAAUCAUCAGGUAUCCAUAUUUAUUCUCUUAUUCAAUUGUGUAACAUCGGGCCAUGUGGCUAGAUACAAGGGGCGGUAGUUCCCUUCUAGUGGUGUGGAAGAGGGCUAACAACAAUAGGACUUGGAGAAGUGAUACUAAAUCCUUGCUCAGCCAUCAUAUCCCCUUGGGAGGGACUUCUGCACCCAUUAGGCGAUGACAAGCUAUGGCAGGUUCCUGCCUUGUGCAAGCUGUAGGACUGACUGUAAGAGCAAGGAGUACCCUCAUCUUCCUAUCUGAACAAAGAAAGGACAAGGUCAUAUCAGAUGCUGGAUCCACUGUGAUUUGUGUAAUUACUGGGCUCCAGUGGUGUGAGAAUCUGGUCUGAGUGGCCCUGCUUUGUCUUUUUAGGAUUCCUGUAGGUUGGUAUUUGAGCUGCUUAUUCCAUGUCAAACUACAGACUCAUGUUAAAAGAUCAGAGUGGAGGGAAAAGCAGAUUUAUGACAGUAGGCUGUAAUUAAUUACUACUGGUCACUCCACAACAGGAAGAGGAACAUGUAGCAAAGAUGGCACAGUAUUGCUUCAACAGUUCCUUCAAAUUGAUUGACAGUCUGCUUUAUACGCAUAGCCCACCAUAGCCCACAGAGUCUGGAUAAGGUCAUAAACUGGAUACUUGUAAGAUUUCUGCCCCUUCAUAGAUUUUGUGCUGGCAUGAAAAAAUUUUGAAUACAAAAUCAUCAUUAGUGAUGUAAUAUAAUUAAUCCUUAUGAAAGGAAAUCUUAGUCCUAUUUGGAUUAGGUUUCUCACUCAAUUCAUUAUUGUGAAGUAAUUUAAAUAUAUUUUUCUAGUAUUAUACUGAUAGAGUUCCUGGCCUCAAACCCAACAGUCCUCAUUUAGGUCAAAAAGCUUGCUUACACGAGUAAAGUCUUUAGUUCUGCAUCUAUAACUUUUCAAUGCGUCAGUCUGACUGUUGCUGCAAAUGAAGUACUGUAACACUUGAGAGUUAACAGAGUACCUAUGUCUAAAAGUAAUUUUCUUUUGCCAUUGGUAUAUGUUUGCCUGUGUAAAGUGGCUUUAGCCUUUUUCUACCAUUUUUAGAAUCAACCAGUGGAGCAUGCUGUAUCAUCUCAGUUAGCUGCAACCCAGAGACUCAUUGUGGCAUUAGUACUCUUUUCAGAAUGGAGAAUUUCAGUAAGCUGUGAUUUAAUUUGUCUUUCGUUAUGAUUACAUUAUGCCUCAUUAAAUUCAAGUGAAAGCUAUCCUGUCUAGCCUAUGAUGUGCUUUGUGAUGUUUCAGUAUUGUUGUUCUCAUGUACCAUACAUAGCCACUAACAUGCAUUUUGCUAUUUUGUUGAAGUACAAUUGAAUACCGUGAGUGGAAUUACACUUGUACAUUCAUUUGAAUCCAUGGAUAAUUUGUCUUCCCUACAAAUAUAAUUAAGCAGGGAGAUCAGGAAGCUAGCUGAUUCUCUGUUCAUGUCUCUUGUUCCUUUUACUGCCCAGCAACACACAAUCUACAACUAUAUAUGGAUCAGAAGUAAAGGGAGCUGAAUGGAUGCUGAUUUGACUGCAGUGAAGACACUUUUAUUGGUCUCAGCAAAUAAUUUAAUGGUAGGGGUAUUGUUAUGGUACAGCUCAAUCCUACUUUGAUACAAUGCAGUUUAUUAAUAAGCCUCAAAAAAUAUCUUUAUUCUGUAAGGACAGAAAAUAUUUUUUUUUUCAAAAUUCUAGAUUUUAGUUUAGUCUAGAGUUGCUGAUUUCACUACUGACAUGUAAAACAGGUAUAAGAAGAUAUUUUCUUUCUUUCAGGUCAUAGUCAACAUUUGGGGAUUUAAGUGGCAGAAGCUUGAGUCAAAUGUUCUCACCAGUCUAUCACAAAAGCUGGACCAGCUGCUGUUAAACUAUUUUGCAAUGUCCACCAUAACUUAUGAAAGAAAGGGCCACUCCUCUGCAUAUGCACAAAUUAAACAGCUUCCUCCUCCCUCUCCAAGCACUUAGCAUGCAUGUAGUUACUGCAGAAACUCUUAACAGGAAAAAUCAUAUUAUGAAAGGAUUUAAUAUAAGAAUCUAAGUAUAAUCUGGCAGAGAGGAAAGAGAAGAACAAACAAUGGACUAUUCUAGAAACAGUAAUGUUUUUUGAGAAGUAGCAUCAUUUCAGUAAUGAUAAAGGGUAGCUUUCCUGGCUCACUAUGAGGAACACAAAGGGAGUGAAUGUUGUUGUUACAACAAAGAACUACAAACAUCCCAAAAGUUCGGGAAUGGCCAACCGGCACAUGAGAGCUCAGUUGCCUCUCUGGUGAACGUAGCUGCUUUCUUACUGCUAUAGAUAUGCACCACAGCUAUCACAAGUGACAUCUUACAUUAGCAGGAUCAUUUUGUAUCCACCAACAGACUGCACUGAUUUAGUUCAGUGCAAGUUUGACUUCAGUGGACAUUUGAGUAUUAUUUAAUGCCCUGAAAGAAAUGGUUUAGAAACAUUUGGACAACCUUUUGCAUUUAAAUAAGUACUUUCUUUCUUUUCUAGAUUUAACUGCUUCCAGAGGCAGAAUAUCAUCUCUGACCAGUUGAAGUUAUGUACAUACCACAAUGCUUGUCCAGGCAAUAGCAUUCAAAUGUUUGGGCUGCCUUUCUCCCUUUCCUUUUCAUCUCUUUAAGUUGUUCAGGUGCAUUGCAUGAAGUGUAAACAUCAGCACUGUUUGGAAGUUAGUUUUUUCUUCCAGGAAAUUUUUGUUACUUAAUAAACAAUUUGAUUUACACAGUGGCUUCCACAAUAAUGUAUGACCAAGAAUAAAGCCAACUUACUGGGAACAAACAGGCUUUGUAACUCCAGUGGGUGUCUCUAUCUGCAACUGGCUCCAACAGCCUUUUCUUGUGGGAUCUGAAGAAAGUGCAGUCACUGAGGGUGUUUCUGGUAAAACUGACUUAAAAUACGUUAGAAUUUGGAACAUUUAAACAAUAAGGCAAACAGCUGGCAUAUGCCAACCUGACUUCAAAGAGGUCACUGUUCUAAUGCUAGUGGACAACGAUAUUUUCAUCACCCAGAUAAUAUCAAAUGGUAUUUUCUAAGGAGAAAUACUAGCUUGAUUAAACUUCAUUUAUUGCAUAUUUCUAUACUUUUCUCUCUCCCCAUGCCCAAAAUAACUUUUGCAUAUUUUCAAAUAUAAGACAGUGCCCAUACGCUCAGAGUUUGAUUUGAAAAUGGCUUUCUGAUUGCUGAAGGAAGCAACAUUUGGUUUAUAUUGGGAAGAGUCAUCUCUCCAUACUGUGAAAUGGUAAAAUAGGUAGGCUACAGAAUACUAAUUUAAGUCUGAGAUGAGAAAAAGUAGGACAGUAAGUCCUAGGUAUUUGUUGUUCAGUGUUGUUAUCCACUGAUCUUUCUUAAUAAAGCAAGCUGCAGCUUUUAUUUCUUUGAUGUCUGAUGUUUUCUAGGCAUUACUAGCAGAAAUUUAACAGUAUUAAUUCUCCUCUUAUAUUUAUGCAAGAGUUAAACAAAAUUUUCCUUGGUUCCUUGUAGUAAGAAAGGAAAAAUUAAUGACAGAAACAAUGAAAAUUCACCUGAGUGAAUUAUCCAAGGAAAUAAUCUCUUAGUCCAAAAGAAUAUACAGACUUUAGGGUAAAAAAUAUAACAAGAGCAUCCAGAUGUUAACAAAGUGCCAGGAGGAGUUUCAUGUGUGUAACAUAAUUAUUUUGAAGGUAGCAAGGCAAAAAUUAAUUCAAAGUCAUGCAAAAUGUGUCAUGGCUUUGUGUGAAUGUUUCCAGUUGACUACUGUUUACCGAUAGUUAAAGAAAUCUUUAAGUUUAGUCAUUAUUUUGAGGAAAAUUUUGUAAACCCUGAAUUUCUUAUCUUAUUUUUCUUCCUAUUUUCUGUUAAAGACCUUAAUUUUAGAGUGCUAUUUAAUUAUUCAUAAUUUAAGAGAGAGGACUGAAUAUUUCUUGUGGUUAAAAGAACAGAAAGGGGAAAAGAGAAAAACAGAAAAACAGUUGCCACUAAGAGCCAAUGCAGACAGUGCUGAGGAUGGAUACCAGCUUCCAAAUCCUUGAAACAGAACUUGGCGUUCUCUAGACUUUUGAGUUAAAAACCUGCAUGUUGAGACCUGAUAUUCUUCAUCAUCCCAAGGUUCAGGGAGUUCAAUCAGGACUGAUUUCAAAGCUUAACUCUCAGGAAAUCAGGAAUAAAUAAAUGGAGAGAUUAAAAACUCCUCAUUCUUAUAUCGUCCAAAUGCGUAUGUUGGAUUAGAUAACACUGCUAGUAAGAUACACUACUAACACUACCGCAGCUCUAUAUGUACAUACAGAAGACAGUCUGGCAGGCUUCUUUGAAAAGAUGCUUUUAAUUACUCACAUACUGAUACCAGUAAUUUCUUAGCUUCAUUUGAUAACAAUGUUUACCAUGACAUGAAAAAUUGUCCCUUUUUUAUCUCAACCUUUUUUGUUUUAGUGUUUAUACUGCUUAUCAUGUUUAGAGCUCUUCUACAUGCAAAUUCACGUAAGUAAAGAAAGAAAUUACGUAAGAAAUGUAGUAAGAUUGUACUUCUUUGUGCUGGACUGUCUUUUAAAUAACAUAAUAAAGCCAACAGGUUUUCCCCCAAGAGCAUACCAUUUGGAUAUUUAAAGUCUUGAUCAUAACAAAAGCUUGACCCAUUUAACUUGUUUCCCUCCCCUCAUUUAAUUACAGCAGCCAACAGACUACAUUUGUUUAUGUAUAACCAUACUUAUCUGCUC